AUGUCGAAGAUCGUCAUCUUGUCUGCUCUCCUGUCCGCCCUCGGGACCUUGAGCGUCAGUGCUGUGGCGAUUACUUCUGCCCUCCCCUCUGGAGUCGUAGCAGCCACUCCAUCUGAUGACGUCUCCUCCAGCGUCCCGUCGACCCCCGUUGCGGCAGCUGCGCCAGGAGAUGAUGUUUCUUCAAGCCUCGCGUCGUCCUCUGUCAUAUCAGCCAUUCCUUCUGUGACAAGCGCCGCCGCCACUCCAGCAUAUCCCAUCAGCUCGAUUGUCGUGUCCAGCGCCGUGCCCAGUCCCGCGUAUCCCAUCGGCUCCCCCUUCUCCUGCUACUGUUACUUCCCAUCCGCCCCGGCCAUCACGUCCACAGGUGCCGCCACCCCGGCUUUCCCCUCCGGCGCUUCCCCCUCAGUCGUCAGCCCGACAGCCUCGAUCCCGGUCGUUGCGCCUACCCCAGACAUCCCAGUUGUUGCACCUACCCCAGACAUCCCAGUUGUUGCGCCUACCCCAGACAUCCCAGUUGUUGCGCCUACCCCAGACAUCCCAGUCGUUGCGCCUACCCCAGAUGUGCCUGUCCAGGCUCCGACGUUCGAUAGCGGGGACAUCAGCUCCACUGUCCCUGCGGGUGCUCCAAUUACCGUGACCAGCACUGCCAAUGGCAUACCGACCGUCAUCAUCACGAGCUACAUCGCUGUACCAACCGGUACAGUUCCCGCAGCCCCCGCUACAAUUACGACGAACUAA